AUGCCCCAAACACGUAUCCUAUUGAAUCGAUACAUGAUGUGGUUGCCUGUUUGUUUGGCAGUGGUCAUCACUUUGUUGUGCAUAAUACCUCAUGCGUUAUGCGAUUACAAACUGACCUUACUUCACACAAACGACGUACAUGCACGGUUCGAAGAAACUGAUGUCGAUUCAGGGUCUUGUGAAGAAUUUGAAAAAACUGUCGGGGAGUGUUAUGCCGGUGUGCCUCGUCGAAUGACUGAAGUGGAAAGAAUACGAGAACGUGAUGAAAAUGUACUGCUAUUAGACGCUGGUGAUCAAUUUCAAGGCACCAUGUGGUUUUAUUUUUACAAGGGAAAGGCAACAUCUUAUUUUAUGAAUUGGCUUGACUACGAUGUCAUGGCAAUUGGUAAUCACGACUUUGGCAAUGGAAUUGAUGGUCUGACUCCUUUUCUAGACAAUGUAACAUUCCCUGUAUUGAGUGCAAACAUCGAUGAUACUGAUGAACCAAGCAUACAAGGCAAAUACAGCAAGUCUACUGUACUGACAAGGGGGAAUGAGAAAAUUGCUAUUAUUGGGUACACAACAACUGAAACACCAGUAAUUUCUAGUCCUGGUAAAUUAAAGUUUUUAAAUGAAGUCGAUGCCAUACAGCAAGAGUUGAACCGACUGAAGAAUGAAGAUCCAACCAUCAAUAAAUUCAUUGCUCUAGGCCAUAGUGGAAUUGUUGUUGAUAUCGAAAUUGCUAACAAGGUUGUAGGCAUUGACGUUGUUAUUGGUGGACACUCCAACACGUUUUUGUAUACUGGGUUUCCUCCAUCAACAGAGGUUCCUAUGAAUAAAUAUCCUAUACUAAUUCAUCCACCUCAUGAUGGUAAGCGUAAUGUUCUUGUUGUACAAGACUAUGCCUAUGGAAAAUAUCUUGGAGAGUUGAAAGUGACUUUUGACGAUGACGGCAAUGUAAUUGGUUGGGAUGGAAACCCAAUACUAUUAGACAAUAACGUUCCUGAAGGUAAGCCAUUAAUUAUAUGUGAUAUUACGUUAGAAGAAUUGAUCGCAGUAUUGCCAUUUGGUGACACUGCUGAUAUAGUAGUACUUAAAGGAGAACAUUUACUUGGAGCAUUAGAACAUUCUGUACAUAGAUAUAGUGCAAUUCAAUCGUAUGGAGAAUUUCUUCAAAUGUCAGGGAUACGAGUUCAGUACAACCUUAGUAGACCAUCUGGAGAUCGGGUUGUCGACGUCCAAGUUCACUGUGUCGAAUGUGAGAACCAUGUUCCCGUAUAUGAACCGCUAGAUUUGAAUAAAAAAUAUGCCGUUAUCACAACAAAUUAUAUUGCAAACGGAGGUGAUGGAUAUGAUGUGAUCAAAUAUAAUAAGAUAGAGCACAAAACGGGCAGAGUGGAUCUGGAGGUGAUAACAGAUUAUAUUGAGGCAGUAACGCCUUUACAGAAUGGACUAGAAUCUCGUAUAUCGUUCGUCGAUUCUCAUAAGAACCCACUGCAAUAA